AUGGCGAUCUUUACCGCUGCAGGUGCUGUAAGGAGUACAGUGUAUGGACCAGACCAACGCUGUCCCACCACCCCACGCCUGGUGUAUCUUGAUACACAGGUCCUGGUGCAGCCCAACCUUCAGAUCCAGCCUCAGCCCAACAUCCACCCUCAGCCCAACCUCCUGCCUCAGCCCAACCUCCUGCGUCAGCCCAAUCUCCUGCCUCAGCCCAACAUCCACCCUCAGCCCAACCUCCUGCCUCAGCCCAACCUCCACCCUCAGCCCAACCUCCUGCCUCAGCCCAACCUCCAUCCUCAGCCCAACCUCCACCCCCCCAAACUCCUGCCUCAGCCCAACCUCCAUCCUCAGCCCAACCUCCACCCCCCAAACUCCUGCCUCAGCCCAAACUCCUGCCUCAGCCCAACCUCCUGCCUCAGCCCAACCUCCAGCUACAGCGUCAGCCCAACCUCCACCCUCAGCCCAACCUCCACCCUCAGCCCAACCUCCACACUCAGCCCAACCACCUGCCUCAGCCCAACCUCCUGCCUCAGCCCAACCUCCACCCUCAGCCCAACCUCCACCCUCAGCCCAACCUCCUGCCUCAGCCCAACCUCCAGCUCCACCCAACCUCCAGCUCCAGGCUCAGCCCAACCUCCUGCCUCAGCCCAACCUCCUGCCUCAGCCCACCUCCUGCCUCAGCCCAACCUCCACCCUCAGCCCAACCUCCACCCUCAGCCCAACCUCCUGCCUCAGCCCAACCUCCAUCCUCAGCCCACCUCCAGCCUCAGCCCAACCUUCAGCUCCAGCCAAUCAGCCCAACCUCCACCCUCAGCCCAACCUCCUGCCUCAGCCCAACCUCCUGCCUCAGCCCAACCUCCACCCUCAGCCCAACCUCCUGUCUCAGCCCAACCUCCAUUCUCAGCCCACCCCCCUCAGCCUCAGCCCAACCUCCUCAGCCCAACCUCCAUCCUCAGCCCAACCUCCAUCCUCAGCCACCUCCAGCCUCAGCCCAACCUUCAGCUCCAGUCUCAGCCCAACCUCCACCCUCAGCCCAACCUUCUGCCUCAGCCCAACCUCCAUCCUCAGCCCAACCUCCAGCCUCAGCCCAACCUCCAGCCUCAGCCCAACCUCCAGCCUCAGCCCAAUCUCCAUCUCCAGCUUCAGCCCAACCUCCAGCUCCAGCCUCACCCAACCUCCUGCCCCAACCUCCUGCGUCAGCCCAACCUCCUGCCUCAGCCCAACCUCCACCCUCAGCCCAACCUCCUGCCUCAGCCCAACCUCCACCCUCAGCCCAACCUCCACCCUCAGCCCAACCUCCUGCCUCAGCCCAACCUCCACCCCCCCAAACUCCUGCCUCAGCCCAACCUCCAUCCUCAGCCCAACCUCCUGCCUCAGCCCAAACUCCUGCCUCAGCCCAACCUCCUGCCUCAGCCCAACCUCCAGCUACAGCGUCAGCCCAACCUCCACCCUCAGCCCAACCUCCACCCUCAGCCCAACCUCCACACUCAGCCCAACCACCUGCCUCAGCCCAACCUCCUGCAUCAGCCCAACCUCCAUCCUCAGCCCAACCUCCACCCUCAGCCCAACCUCCUUCCUCAGCCCAACCUCCAGCUCCAGCCCCAGCCCAACCUCCUGCCUCAGCCCAACCUCCAGCUCCAGGCUCAGCCCAACCUCCUGCCUCAGCCCAACCUCCUGCCUCAGCCCAACCUCCAUCCUCAGCCCAACCUCCACCCUCAGCCCAACCUCCACCCUCAGCCCAACCUCCAUCCUCAGCCCACCUCCAGCCUCAGCCCAACCUUCAGCUCCAGCCUCAGCCCAACCUCCACCCUCAGCCCAACCUCCUGCCUCAGCCCAACCUCCUGCCUCAGCCCAACCUCCUGCCUCAGCCCAACCUCCACCCUCAGCCCAAGCUCCUGUCUCAGCCCAACCUCCAUUCUCAGCCCAACCUCCACCCUCAGCCCAACCUCCACCCUCAGCCCAACCUCCUGCCUCAGCCCAACCUCCAUCCUCAGCCCAACCUCCAUCCUCAGCCACCUCCAGCCUCAGCCCAACCUUCAGCUCCAGUCUCAGCCCAACCUCCACCCUCAGCCCAACCUUCUGCCUCAGCCCAACCUCCUGCCUCAGCCCAACCUCCAUCCUCAGCCCAACCUCCACCCUCAGCCCAACCUCCAGCCUCAGCCCAACCUCCAGCCUCAAAGUUAUGAAGCAAUGAAGACCACUGGAACGCACCCGACCAGCGACGCGCCCGUGGGCUUGCAAAGCAAGCGUACGUAG